AUGGAAGUUCUCUAUACUUUUCCUGUCGAGGGAAUACUGAACAAGCUGGCUUCACUUGCUGCUCAAGAAAUAAGUCUGUUCCGGGGAUUCAAAAAGGAACUAACAAAGCUUCGUCAAUCGUUACUCGCGAUUCAAGAUUUCUUAGGCGAUGUUGCCCACCAGCCACAGCAACGGGGCAAGGCAGUGGAGGAGUGGGUGAGGAAACUGAAGGACAUAGCUGAUGAUGCUGACAAUGUCUUGGAUGAAAUCAACUAUGAAUAUCUCCGGAGUCCAAACAUCAACGCCUCUUUGGUGGAUCUCAAAUCUGAGGCAUCUUUCAUUGGGCUAGUUUCCAAGAAAAUAGAUGCAACCCCUCAAGCAAUUGCAGGGGAUAGAGAAACCAACUCAUUCUUUGAUGAAGAUGAAAUCGUGGUUGGAAGGAAGGAGGAUCUGUCAAAGAUAAUUAAAAUCUUGACCAACUCCAACUUGGAUCAAGAAAAUCUUUCAGUAAUGCCCAUUGUAGGAAUGGCAGGCCUGGGGAAGACAACUUUGGCUAAGUCAGUUUUCAAUGAUGAUUCUAUUGGUAGGCAUUUUCAUAAAAAAAUAUGGGUGUGUGUAUCUAACACUUUUGAGGUUAAUUCGAUAUUAAGUUGGAUAUUAGAAUGUCUUAACCCAACAAAGGUUGGGAUACAACGCCAAGAUGCAUUGCUUAAAAACCUAGUAGAAGAAUUGAAAGAGAGGAGAUAUUUUCUCGUGCUUGAUGACGUCUGGAACGAAGAUCCUCAAAAAUGGAGCAAUUUGAUGACUUGUUUGUCAAAACUUCAUAGUGCCCGGGGAAGCGUCGUUAUUGUCACUACCCGUAGUGCCACUGUCUCAUCGAUCACGGAAGUAAGACUUCCAAAGUGUGUUUUGGGAAGUCUAUCCGUUGAUGAUUGUUGGGUCAUACUGAAGAAAAGAGCAUUUCCAGUUGGUAGUGCUCCUAUUGCAAAGGAUAUAGAAACAAUUGGAAGGGAGAUUGCAAGAAAGUGUGCUGGUAUACCGUUAACGGCAAAGGUACGUAAUGAUAUAUCAAUUUGAAGUUUCUUCUGCCUGCAUUUCUUUAUUUGUUAUAACUUAAGUACUAAACGUAUUAAGAUAAUUACAUACAAGAUAUUCAGAUAUAGCCCCUUGCAACUAAAAUAGUCUAUACAAAAGCUCACUUUUUUAUUUAUUAUUCUAACUAAAACCCCAAAAUUGAAUUGAAUGACAAAUUGUCCAUUAGUAUUGAAUUAUUGAUUUUAUCAUUUAGAAUAAUUAAAGAGUAUUUUGGGAAUAAUGGUGAGUAGAAAUAUAUAAUUGUGUUUUUUCAAAUUUACAUAGUGAAGUUCAACAAUUUUCCCAGUAUGUCCUAAGAAAAUUGUAGGUAAUGUACCUAAAACACAAGGAUCAAGACCUAUAAAGAGCAAAACGUGUUCUUUCUCUUUGAAAAAUAAUUUCAAACAUUAACAAUGAAACAUUUGAAACUUUAACCCAAGGUGUACCAUCACCAUUAUUCUUAACACUUGACACGUGUCCAUGGACAUAACCAUAAUUCCAUAAAUAUAAAAUAAAUAGUUAACUAUGAUUAUGUCAAUAAACAUGUGUCAAGUGGUGAGAAGGGUGAUGAGGGUACACCU